UGGGAGGAGGGAGGGAGGGAGGGAGGACAGGAGCGCCUGGCGUGGGGAUUCCUUCCAGGGAACGCUUCCUCCCAGCGUCAAGAAGCACGAUUAUUGGACGAGCAGUCCCGGUCUUCUCCUUCUUCCCGAAGUACGCCUCUAGUAGGAAAGGCGUCGCUUUUGGGGGUCGCCGAUCUGCCUUUGACGAAAUCUGGAUUAGAGCAGAUGUAAAGAUCUCCACUUGGUGUGUUUUCUGCAAGCGAGAGUGCCACAAGGAUCAAAAGAUUGAAUCCUUUUUUUCGUUUGCGUGUUCUGUUUCGGACAGUUACCCUGGUUGGGGAAAAAGGGAUCCUUUUGUUUCCUUCUUCGAGGUUUACAGUCGAUUUGAUGCUUGUUGGUUUGCUCUUCUUGAUCAUUUUCUUCCUUGGAUGCGUGCAUAGUUUGAAAGCUCGAAGUUGAUUGGGAAAGUGAGGGCUCCUUCGUGUCCUUAUCACUGCAUAAGGCAUCAAAACGAUUAAGCAAUUUUGUGGUUUGAGUAUAGAAGUGUACAUAGCGAAGCUUGGUUUUUGGAUUUGGAUUCUUUGCUUUUGAGUUGCAUUUUACUGAGUGACGCAGACUGGAACUAGUUGUGAUUUGGAUUCAGAUUUGAUGUUAGGCUGCGUUGGUUCUGAAGCUUUGUUCAUUGUUACUCUAUGAUUUGAAGAAUUUGGUGGGUUGGUGAUCAAGAUCUGAUAAAAUAUGAGGAAAGGUUUGAAGUUUAGUUGACAGCAGAAGAAAAUUUGUCUGACUGACUCCAAGUUCUGUAAUUUGGCAGAGGAGAAACAAAAAAUAAAGCUGUUAUUUACAAGCCUCCGUCUCUUCAAACCAGAUUUCUGUUUUCAGUUUUCAAGACAAUUUUUGAAGAAAGUUAGUGCUAAAAACACCCUUUGGAUAAUGGCAAAAAGAUCGAUUAAAAGGCCUCCGCAACUUGAGAAGAACAACGCAGGGUGCUUGUGGCCUUUAAUUAGCUUGUUUGACUUUCACAAAAGUCCACCUACUCCGAGGUUACUUUCAGAUGUUCGACCUGCAAGUUCUAGACAAGGCAGUAAAGGUGAUUCGAAAAUUAAACUCGAUAAGCCCAGCAGUAACAGAGGUAAAUACGAAGAUGCCAAGAACGUUACUGGAAUCAAAGCAAAGGGAGAUGAUGCAAGCUUUGCUAGUGUUAAAACUCUCAUGAAGGAAGAAAUGGUUCGAGAAAGAAGCAAUAAAUACAAGCUGACUUCAGAUUCUGAUGUUAACAAUCAAACUGAGCUUCUGAAUUUGGCUGGUCAAGGGUCCGAUAAGAUUACACUAACCAACGGUUCCUCCCUUGACUCUGAUCUCAUUGCAUUUUUGGUAGAGUUUUACACUUACAAACAAUCACACAAAGAUAUUAUUGUCAUUGAUAAUGAUAAGAUUGACCUGAUAGCAAUGGUUCAGAAACUGAAUGACCAUCCCAGUGAGUUUGAUUCCCAACUGAACAGAAAGGAUUAUAUUAUUUUCAAGGCACUAGCUGAUGUUUUUGAAGCUAUUGCAAAUCAGAAAUAUGUUGAUAUGAGGCAUCUUUUAGAUAAUGUUUCACAAUCCAAGGAAUUCAUGGAGGCAUUAGAAAUUAUCAAUUCAAAUAAGGAUGUAGUCUUGAAACUUCUAAAAGAUCCUGAUUGGGGUAUUUACAAAUGUCAGGAAGGGGAAGCAGGAAAAUUUGACAGUUUUGGAUUUGAAAAUUAUUCAGAAAAUGUGCGAAUGUUUCAAGAAGAUAUUAUGUGUUCCAAAAAAUGUGAUCAGCUUGAAAAUAAAGAUAUGGGCCAUAACCAACGUAGGCCUAGAUUUUUCUGGAGAAAAGACAGAUUAAAGGAGAAAGAAUCAGAAAAGAAAAGUGUGGAUUCAGAAAAUCAAACUAGAAUGCCUGUUGAAAAACCCACUAAAGCAACGAAAAAGGGGCAAGAAAUCAAAUCUGUUCAAAACUUAUCACAUGCAUCGCAGAGUAAGACAGGUGGUCAUGAGGAAGGUGAUAGAGUUAUGUCUAAUUUUUCUCUUAGGGAGAUCAAAAGAAAGAUUAAGGGUAUAAUUGGUGGGAAUAAGAAAGAACGACGAGUGAUCUCCAUGGAUGGCAUUUUACACAAAAUCCCUAUUGGGCACAAGGUUCCAGGUGACAAAGAAAAACUGCUCUAUAAUGACAUUGUAGUUGCAAGCUCCAAAAGCAAAUUAUUGCAUGAUAAAGAAAAGCCUCCCAUUGCCAAGGAAAAUGACAGUAAGGUCAAUCCAGAAGAUUGCAAACCUAGAAUCAGCAAUGACAUCUCUGCAAUAAAAUCAACGCCUCCCAUAUAUGCAGAAGCGAAGAAGCACCUUGCAGAUAUCCUUGAUACUGAAGGUCAGACAACAAGCUACAAAACAGCACGUGUCUCCAAAUCUCUAUGCAAACUGUUUUCUAUGCAUGAGGAUGAUGCAUUAUGUAUGAAAAUGAGUAGCCCAGAUGAAAAAGAGGUUGUUUUGCCAUCUGAAGAAGCAGGAUCUAUCCCCUUACAGAAGUUGAAGGAAGAAGAUGCAAACAAUUCAUCAAGCCCAUCAAAGCAAAAUAUGGAGGUUUCAUCUUGCCCUGGUGACUAUCGGAUUGAUGAAGCAAUUCUUGGCUUAAAAACUGAGUUUGUCGAUAAAUGUGUCGUAUCAGAUCCAGACCAUGAUGAAAGUGUGCAAAAUGGGGAAAAAUCAGAUGCAAUUAACAAUUUAUUGACUGACCAAUCAGAUAAUGAAGCUGGUGUUGCAAGUGGAACAUCGAAUGUAGAUUUGGCACACUCUAUGAUCCAGUCUAUACCAACUUCUUUCUGCAAAGAAAACUUGGAGGCUUCUGAAAAGACUACAACGAAGUCAGGGCGGCCAAUUCCAGUCUCUAUUCUCGAGAAAUUCAUCCCAGAAGAUUUCACCAUUCCUAAACUCAGAGCUGCACAUCCUAUAUUUCCAACAAAAGAAGAAAGAACCACUUCAAGGACAUAUUUUACGGACAGGAGAGCUAGAGUCAAAUACGUUGAAGCUAUUUUGGAAGCGUCGGGGUUAAAAACUAACGACUUUUCAAGAUGGCAUUUGUCAGACAACUUACUUGAGCCAUCCAUGUUUUAUGAAGUUGGGAGUUCAUGCUAUCCACAGAUAGAGGAUCCAAAGCUUCUCUUUGACUGUAUCAAUGAAGCCCUCGAAGAGAUACAGGAGAACUUCAAAUGCACUCCUUGGGUGUCUUUGCUCUCAGCCAAUGUUCCAAUUGCGCCCAGAGGAUGGAGCCUAAGCAAAGAAGUUAAUAGGAUUAUUGAAAGACAUAUUCCAUUAGACUUUUCAGAUUCAAUUGAUCCUCUAGUAACAAAGGACAUGGAGGUUGGAAGUUGGAUGGGCCUUCAGUUUGAAACUGAGGCAGCUGUCCUUGAGAUAUGGGAUACUGCACUAGAUGAUCUAGUGGAAGAAGCUAUAUUUGAUUUGUGGCUUGAUCUCUCAGCUGACUGGUGACACUACUUUUGUUCAUAGCUGAUAAUGAAAUAUGAUCAUCAAGUUUCAACAAUAAACAAAAAGGUGAGCAAGUGCAGUCAACCAUGUUUAUACUACAAUAAUCAAAAACUGAAAUAUGUUAAAUCCUUGCCGUACGUAGGAAAGAGUGGAUUGAUAGAAGUAAUAACAGGGUAUUUGUUUGUCAUUUUUUUUUUGUUUUUCGUGUCGGUUGUUGUUUUACAUCCAAAUAAUGUAACAUGAUCUUUACUAAUUUUAGAUUUUGCCUAUUGCCCACACUGUUGUGGGGGCUGUAGGAAGCUUGAGUGCAUGUGAUUUAUUUAUUGUUGAAACUUUGAUGGCUGAGUUGUGUAUGGUGUUAGGGUUGAGGUUUUCAUAUUGUAUACUGCUGUAUAUGCCAUUUGAGUUCUA